UGGUUAAAACUUAAAACACAAAAUUAGAGUAGCCGGGGCAAGGAUAAGGGAAACAGCCCCAACAUCUCCUCUCUUGAGUUUUAGGUGGCAAAAAUGGCAGUGACAGCGGCAAACAGCUGGUUCUCUGUGCUCACCUCCAGCGGCGGCACUUGUCUUACAUCUCACCGUUUCUUUUCUACAUCCCUUAGACGACCAUCUUCUUUCUUCAUUCAUAAAGCUGCCGCCUCUCAAAAUCAAAACCAUGACAAAAAUCUUCUCAAGAAAUCAUCCUCUCAUUCCCCUUCACAGAAAGAAGCUGGUAAACAGAAGUUUCCACGGAGAUCAAAAAAUGAAGGGCCUUUUGCAAAUGCAGAUGGAAGGAGCAGUACAAAUAAAACAGGACGAUCUCCGACGACAGCAACUAAAUCAUUUGGUUUGCAGAGAAAAGGGAAGGGAGUUCCGAUAGACUCAAAGGAGCAGCAGGUAGAUACCAGUAGCAUCCAAGAUGCAGCUUUUCUUAAUGCUGUUGUGAAGGUUUACUGUACACAUACUGCUCCAGAUUAUUCCCUUCCUUGGCAGAAACAAAGACAAUUUACAAGUACUGGAAGUGCUUUCAUGAUUGGUGAUGGGAAGCUCUUGACGAAUGCGCAUUGUGUUGAGCAUGAUACACAGGUCAAAGUGAAGAAAAGGGGAGAUGACACAAAAUAUGUUGCUAAGGUUCUAGCUAGAGGGGUAGAGUGUGACAUAGCUUUGCUAUCCGUGGAAAGCAAGGACUUCUGGAAGGGAGCUGAGCCACUUAGUUUAGGACGGUUGCCUCAUUUGCAGGAUGCUGUAACUGUGGUUGGCUAUCCACUUGGAGGAGAUACAAUAUCUGUGACUAAGGGGGUGGUGUCGAGAAUUGAGGUUACAUCAUAUGCUCAUGGAUCAUCUGAGUUGCUGGGCAUUCAAAUAGAUGCAGCAAUAAAUCCUGGUAAUAGUGGCGGUCCUGCAUUCAAUGAUGAUGGAGACUGCAUUGGAGUGGCAUUUCAGGUUUACAGAUCAGAUGAUGCUGAAAAUAUUGGUUAUGUAAUCCCUACUACAGUUGUGUCUCAUUUUUUGGAAGACUACGAGAGGAGUGGGAAGUAUCGUGGGUUUCCCUGCCUUGGGGUGUUGUUGCAAAAAUUGGAGAAUCCGGCGCUACGUGCCUGCUUAAAAGUGCCAUCUAACGAGGGUGUACUUGUCCGGAAAGUUGAGCCCACUUCUGACGUCAGUAAUGUCUUGAAAGAGGGCGACGUGAUUGUUAGCUUUGAUGGUGUUCAUGUUGGGUGUGAAGGAACGGUUCCGUUUCGAUCAAGUGAACGUAUAGCUUUUCGCUAUCUCAUUAGUCAAAAAUUCACUGGUGAUUCAGUUGAGCUUGGCAUUAUAAGAGCGGGAGAAUUUAUGAAAGUUCAAGCAGUUCUGAAGCCGCGUGUCCAUUUGGUUCCUUAUCACAUAGAAGGUGGUCAGCCUUCAUACUUAAUAGUUGCAGGCUUGGUGUUUACACCGCUAUCCGAUCCACUAAUAGAGGAAGAAGAGGAUAGCAUUGGGCUAAAACUAUUAACCAAGGCUCGAUACUCUUCGGCCAAGUUCGAAGGGCAGCAGAUUGUUGUACUUUCCCAGGUCUUGGCGAAUGAAGUAAAUAUCGGGUAUGAGGAUAUGAGCAAUGAGCAGGUCUUGAAGUUGAAUGGCACCCGAAUUAAAAACAUUCACCAUUUGGCUCAUCUAGUGGAUUCUUGCAAGGGAAAAUAUUUAGUAUUUGAAUUUGAAGACAAUAUUUUGGUCGUUCUGGAAAGGGAGGAAGCCCAGUCAGCCUCAGCUAGUAUUCUUAAAGACUACGGCAUUCCAGCUGAAAGAUCAUCAGAUCUUCAGGGACCAUAUGUUGAUUCCAUAGAACAAGGCGAAGCAACCAAUCAACAAACAUUUGGUGAUAGUCCAGUUUCUAAUUCGGAAUUUGGCUAUGAAGGGCUUCUUUGGGGUUGAUCGCAUACCUUGAUUCUCACUUGAAGCCAGCCAUUUUUUCUAAGUUUUUCAUGCCUAAAAUUGUUAUUCUGGCAGCAAAAGAUCUAUUAUCACAUUUGUGAAGUUGACAGGGGGAAAGAAGUCGGAUAACCAAGCAAAAUCUGCAUGGUGACUCUACACAACAGUGCUUACUUGGCUGCCUCCUCAGUCUGUAACAAGAUAGGCCAGCAAAGUGGAUAACAUUUAUGUAGCAAAUAAUACGAUUGAUGGAUAAAGAAAAAGAUAAGGUCCAGUUGAAAUCGUUAUGCUGGUGGCUAUUGCCUUUAGGUGUAAUGGAAGUGCAUGGCCCUGCACAUUAAGUAUGCAGCAUUUUUAAGCUUUAUAUUUACAGGUGUAGGAUGUAAUUAUUGAUUUUUAGGAAAUUUUGAGAGUUGAUGUGAUUUGAAGUUUUUGUAGCCAUUUACAUAAUUGAAAGGAGUUUCCAUUUCUAUUUA